GGGAAUUACGCGCUGAGGAGCGGCCGAUGCCAAUUAGACUUGUGUAAACAAAUUUCUUUAAACCCGAUUAAACGCGUCUUGUCACGUGCUCAGCGGGACCGCCGGGUCGACCGUCGGGACUUCGGAUCUUAAGCUUUACGUCUUGCUCGACCGAUCACAAAGGGUCCGCAGUCUUCCCCAGACGUCCACAUCCAUAAAUCUAAUGUUCUCGGUUUGAACUGUAACCAUCAUCAUGUAUUCUUUGCGGAGGCUGCGACUGCAGCAAUCGUCCCUGCGUCGUCUCUAUCACGACGAAUCGUUCGGAUAUCGCAAGCCACGACCAUUCGUAUUUCCUGAUUACACGCCAACUCAGCUCGAAAAUCGAGCACAGAAUGCUGCUUUGCUGCGCUACGUUGAUUCUGUCAGGACGCAUGGGCACAGAGCAGCAAGAAUCGACCCGUUGGACCUCAUACACCGCAAGGAGGUUGCAGCGCUGGACCCAAGCAGAUACGGGCUUACUGACGAAUCGAAGAAAUACAAUGUUAACGGGAUCAUAUGGACACAUCCGAACGUCGAGUCCCAAGGCGAGAACAUGACAGAGGAGUGGUGGACUUUGGGAGAGAUCGUUCGCCACCUGCGGUCUAUCUACGUGAACCGUAUUGCUUACGAGUACAUGCAUUCACCGUCUAAAUCCGAACGCCUUUGGUUCUCGCAUCGUUUGGAGUCGAAGAGCACACCAACAACAUUGGAUGUUGAUACGAAGAAACGAAUCCAUGGUUUACUGACUCGAAGCGAAGUCUUCGAUAACUUUAUGCAAGUAAAGUUCCCUAACCUCAAACGCUACGGACUGGAAGGUGGAGAAUCAAUGCUACCAGCUUUGGACUCGUUGUUCUCUUCAGCUGCUCAAGCUAAUGUAUCACACAUUGUCCUGGCUAUGCCUCAUCGCGGUCGACUCAAUCUUCUCACUGAUCUCCUUAACUACUCUCCUACGGCUCUUUUCCACAAAAUCCGAGGAGGUGCAGAGAUCCCCGAAGAUUUAGGCGCCGAAGGGGAUGUCAUCAGUCAUCUAGUUUCGUCGACGAUUUUGAAAUACGGUAGCGACAACCAGGCUGUCAAGGUUUCCCUACUUCCAAAUCCUUCUCACCUGGAGGCUGUUGCCGGUGUCGCGCUCGGAAAGACUCGCGCAAAGCAGUUCUCCCUUUUGAAGACAUCGCCUGAAGAUUGUAAACUCGGUGACAGAGUGAUGUGUGUCCAACUGCACGGAGACGCGUCAUUCACCGGUCAAGGCGUCGUUAUGGAGAGCUUGGGAUUGAGCAAUCUUCCCCAUUUUACCAGUGGCGGCACUGUUCAUCUUGUUGUGGACAUCGGCUAUACUACGCCUGCGUCGCAGGCCCGUUCCUCUUUGUACUGCUCCGAUGUUGGCAAAAUGAUCAAUACCCCAGUGCUUCAUGUCAAUGGUGACUACCCCGAAGAUGUUGUCAAGGCUAUGGAGGUCGCGUUCCAGUAUCGGCAGUAUUUCCGAAAGGAUAUCAUCGUCGACCUCCUGGUUUAUCGCAGAUGUCAUAACGAACUCGAUCUUCCGAACCUCACCAGCCCUCUUAUGUACGACAAGAUCCAGUCCAGACUUUCAGUCCCGCAACUCUAUGAACAGAAACUGGUGGACGAACAAACUCUCACGACGGAGGAUAUCGCGAAUGUUAGGGAACAGCACAAAUCAAUUCUCAAUGACAAACUCGAAAAAGUACCUUCGUACGUCCCGACUGCGUCAAUGCUCAAAGAGCAGUGGGCAGGGAUGGUUUGGCCUUUAAGUAAGAGUGCGGUCCAAUCUCCGGAUACUGGCGUCGAUAAGGAUACUCUUAUCCGGGUCGGCAAGGCAAGUGUGCAGGUACCGGAAGGUUUUGAAAUCCACCCCAAGCUCCAGAGGCACAUCAAGAGCCGUCUUACAAGUCUGGCAAGCGGCAAGGGGUUGGACUGGGCUACAGCGGAGGCUCUGGCUUUUGGAUCCCUACUCUUGGAGGAUUAUGACGUGCGGAUAUCCGGACAGGAUGUAGGACGAGGAACGUUUAGCCAACGGCAUGCGAUGCUUGUUAACCAGAAGAACGAGAGUACCAUUGUCCCGCUGAAUGAUGAGCUUGGUGCUCCGGGGAAGCUCGAGCUUGCUAACAUCAUUUUAUAUAACUGUGUGUCUGAUCAAAGUGAUAUACAGUUCGAAUAUGGGGCAAGUUGGGAACGGCCGGACCUGUUACCCAUCUGGGAGGCACAGUUUGGGGACUUCUUCAACGGUGCACAGAUUAUCAUUGAUACGUUCAUAUCAUCUUCAGAGAGCAAAUGGCUGAAGCAAAGUGGUAUUGUCAUGCUUCUCCCACACGGACUUGAUGGUGCGGGACCGGAACAUUCUUCUUCAAGAAUCGAGCGGAUGCUCCAGUUAUCCAAUGACAGGUACACUUACGACGAAGACCCUUCGUUCAAUAUCAACAUGCAUGUUGUUUUCCCGACGACGCCUGCACAGUAUUUCCAUUUGCUGAGGCGCCAGAUGAAGCGGAAUUAUCGCAAACCUCUAAUUGUGGCAGGACCGAAAGGUCUUUUACGCCUAUCGCCUGCUGCCUCUUCUCUAUCAGAUCUCGAGACUGGGACAUCUUUCCGGCCAGUCCUCGCCGAUCCUUACGACAAUGCCGCUACUGCAUCGCGUGUUAUCAUCCUUUCAGGAAAGAUCUACUAUGACCUUUUGAAAGAAAGACAAUCACGAGGAUUGGAUGCUAACAUUGCCCUUGUUCGAUUGGAGGAGCUGUCACCCUUCCCGUUCGCAGAAUUGGCUGAGGUGCUGGAGGGAUAUACCAACGCGAGGGAGUUCUUCUACCUGCAGGAAGAGCCGAGGAAUCAAGGCGUGUUUGGGCAUGUAAAGGAAAGGAUCAUGUGGGUGUUGAAGGAAAUGGUGGGUGCUGGGGAUGUGGAGCUGGUGUAUAAGGGAAGGAAGGAAAGUUCGCUACCUGCGCCGGGUAUCGGGAAGCUCUAUCAAGCGCAGCAGAAGGCGGUGUUGGAGUCGGCGUUCGACGGAUUCUAAGGAAGGAAGAAGAGCUCGUGUAAGUGAUAUAUGUUGUCUUGGCUCUCCAGGUUUGCUUUCAAGCAUAUAUGGAGCUUGUACAUCGUCAUUUCCCCAGUGUUUUCUAUUGGACUACAGGAAUAUGUAUAUUAUGUGUUGCGGUGCCAUCUCUCCGAAAUAAGAAGAAUCCUUUUCCAUUUA